CAGGGGAUCGCCGGAGGUGCGAGCUCGACGACGACCCCGGCGGAGUUUGGCGGCGCCCUGCUCGCCGUCGUCGGCGGCGCGAGGUGGAGCGCCAACAACAGAAGCAUCGCAUAGAGGAGAAGAAAGUGGGUGGGGACUCGAGUGAACAGAAGAUGGCAUCGAAAAGCUCUAGAAAGGAGAGGGCCUGGACUUCUCGACAGUCGUGUCAUCCGCCAUUGGGCACCACCCGAACGCCUGGCAACAACACAGAACGAUCAGCUGCAAGAGAGAAGCAGCAGUCAAAAAGCAAUCCAUCUUUUCCAAGGGAGACCACCCCGCGUGUUGAUCAGAAGCUUAGAAGAAGAAGCUCCAACGAUGCUUCUGCAGCUGGUCGCUCUUUGGGUGGCAACACUGCUGCCCAUCGCAGUGAAGAACUUACGGCUGAUGACAAAAGACGUCUUACAGAGGAAAUGAUGAUAAAGGUACAAGAAGCAGACCUCUUAAUCCAGCAACUGAACGAAUUGGGUGUGGGAGAGAGCAUCGACCAUGAGGAGUUGCAAGGUUACUAUGGACAGCUGCCCUGCGAACCUCCUCGUGUUGACACUUAUCUUGAACUGGGCGAUGAGAUAAAAAAGCUUCAAGUUCACCAUGUUCUGUGCCGUAUCGAAUAUUACAAGGUGACACAACAAGGGCGCAAGGGUGCACAUGAUGCUGAAUUGGAAUAUGAUUACCACCGUCGACGCUGCCUCAAGGAAAAGCUAAAGUGCUUUGUGGAAGAUGAAACUAAACUGGAUGGGGAUCACAUUCUGGACAAUCUUGACAAGGAGGGUUUAAUUUGGUACAUUGAAAAAGACGACAUGUUUGAUUGGUCCUUCCAGUAUCUCACAGCUGCUGCCUUGGAUGACUACCAACGUUUGGUCCCUCAAAAUCGCGGUGGCUGUGAGUAUGUCCAUUGGGAUGAUUACCGCAUGUAUUUUCAUAAGUACGAGAUUGAACUAGAAUACCUUGAUUUCUGGGAAGAGUUGUCGAAGAAGCUUAAGUGGAUGGGGGACUAUAUUCAUAUUGGGUGGCCAACUCUUAAGUGGGGGAGAAUAUGCAGAAGAGGAGAAUCCCAAGCAAUCAAGAUCGCUACUGGCUUUUCCAAUAUAACCACCAGAUUAGCUCAUGCUGCUUAUUAUGAAUGCAUUGAUAGCAUGAACUUGGAAUUUUGUUGGUAUAAGCAAUUAGAUGGCGUGUACUUUGAGAUUUGGAAGCGAGUGGCCAAGUUAAAGAAGAGUUUUAGAGAGGCUUUGGAGGAAGUCUGUAGAUUGGACCAGUUUCCACUACGCGAACAUGUAAUGAAAUAUGCACUGGAUAAUAAUAGCUUUGAGAUGGAAAUGCAGUUCCGCAAUUGCACAGAAGGCAUUACUGAAGAAGUUACAGAGGAGAAAGCUCAGGACUUGAUUGCAGAUGCCAUUACAAAGCUGUGGACCAGGCCAAAGUUCUAUGCAGACUAUAUCAGAAAGAAGAUAGAGGUUGCCAGAGCUAUUGGAAUCGUUUCCCCAGUGUCACCUUGAUUAUUUUAUGGAAAAAGUUCAUUUUUGGCCAUCCAACUCUUGUCUCGAUUUGAUUUUGGCCACCGAACUCCAAAACCGGGUAUCUUUGAUCAUCCAAUUCUUAAAACCGUUCAUUUUCGACCA